AUGAACGUCGCCUUCGAUGUCGCAGUGGGAGAACCCGCGCGGAAGCCUUUACCAAAAAACAGCAAAGCAAUGCCAAAACAAGUUGUUAAUGUCGAGACUGAUAACCGCAGAAGAGCCAGGAAUGCGGCGCCCUUGGUAAAUCCCAAAUCGAAAACGUUUGUUGGUGAUCAAUAUCCAUACCACAAAAUUCUCUACUAUUCGUAUCGCCAAAUCGAUCUCAGUAAAGAAAUCAAAGUCGAAAAUCCAAUUGUGUCCAACAGCGAGACCCAAAACAAAUUACAGGCCUGUACCCGCAUUACAAUGGAGCUUCCCAUCAACGCACUCUUCGCUCCAUCGCAAAAUCCUGACGGCAGGAGCAUAGCCGUAUUCAUAUUCCCCACCGAUCACGAGCUCUGCUAUGAAUGGCACUUUCAAAAACUGCUAAGUGAUCAACAGACAGCGCUAUACAUGUGUUGCGCAUGCAGAGCGCUCAAAACAUCUGAUAGAACUAACCAUCCUGGACCAAUUCCAACGGUACACAUACGAGAUGGAAGCUUUGUCACUGAUCCAUUGAAUCCGCGUCAGCCCCACUACUGCCAACCACGAUCCACUCCACGAGCAUUGGCACGUCGACUUCUUAUAGAGCGUUGUAACGAAAUUCGUGACAGUCCGACUGAGUUAUUGCGACCGUGGACAGUGGAAAUAUCAGAAGUUAUGUCGCGAAUUUCUUCGAGCAGAUUCAGAGAUUUCACCGACCCGGAAAGGCGCGCAAUGGUCGAGCAUGUCGUGCAACCCUCCGAGAAUGGCAGGGACAAUGCCCGGCGUGUGCUAACAAGGGCCCAAACGACAGCUAGGCGAAGACAAGAUUAUGGUGUGAUUCCAGGGCAACUUGAUCCCAGCUGGUGCAGAUGCGAUGCCGAUGGCGAGACGUUCAUCUUGCUCGAUGAGGAAGACAGG